UUCUUUUGAAAAUUUACCCAAAAUUAGGGCUCCAAAUUUCCUCUCCAGUCUUCUCCCACCGUCUCCACCCCAACCGGAGGACCAGAAGACAACGCCGCUGCAGCCUUCUCGCCGGCCAUCAUAAAGCUCCAUCCUUUUCGCCGCCCACUGCUGUGACUGUACCUGCAGAACAGACCCCGGCGACCCCAUCUCCCCGGCCAGACUCCGGCGACUAUCCCUGCAGACCAGACCCCGCCGACAACAUCCGUCGCCCGUUGUCCCUGCAGCCACCCGCCCGACGCCAAGACAACCAGACGAUCGUUCGUUCUUAAUUAUCCCGCUCCACCCUUCUCUCUUCCCUCCAUCAGAGAUUCAAGAAGGUCCUGAUCGUCGUCCUCCACCGAGUCAGCCAUGGGAGGCGCGAUAGCUGAGAGAGAAGACAAGGACAAGGUCUCCUUGGAGCUCACUGAAGAAAUCCUCCAAAGCAUGGAAGUCGGCAUGACCUUCAGAGACUAUAACUGUAGAAUCACCUCGAUGGAUUUUCACAGGGCCUCGAGUUAUCUUGUGACUGCAAGCGACGAUGAGUCCAUUCGCCUCUAUGAUGUUGCAAAUGCGACGUAUGCCCUUUGUUCUAUUGACGUAUCCAUAUGUUUGAAGACAAUUAAUAGCAAGAAGUAUGGGGUUGAGUUGGUUUCAUUUACCUCUCAUCCGGCGACUGUGAUAUACUCAUCAAAAAAUGGCUGGGAUGAAUCACUGCGUCUCCUCUCCUUGCAUGAUAACAAAUACUUGCGGUACUUCAGAGGUCACCACGACAGGGUUGUCUCUCUUAGCUUGUGCCCUCGGAGCGAAUGCUUUGUUUCUGGUUCUCUAGAUCGUACUGUUCUGCUUUGGGAUCAACGUGCUGAGAAGUGCCAGGGUCUUUUACGAGUCCAAGGAAGGCCUACUACAGCUUAUGACGAUCAAGGCCUGGUGUUUGCAGUUGCAUUUGGAGGAUACAUAAGGAUGUUUGAUGCGAGGAAUUAUGAAAAGGGUCCAUUUGAAAUCUUUUCUGUUGGGGGAGAUUUAUCCGAUGCAAAUGCAGUGAAAUUCAGUAAUGAUGGGAGACUAAUGCUUUUGACUACCAUGGAUGGGCAUAUUCAUGUUCUUGAUUCUUUCCGAGGAACACAGUUAUGCACAUAUAACGUCAAACCUGUUUCAAGCAACUUCACUUUGGAGGCUUCUUUCAGCCCGGAGGGGAUGUUUGUUAUAUCAGGUUCUGGUGAUGGCAGUGUCUAUGCUUGGAGUGUGAGGAGCGGAAAAGAGGUCGCAAGCUGGAUAAGUACUGACAAUGAGCCACCAGUCAUAAAGUGGGCCCCGGGAAGUCUCAUGUUUGUGACCGGGUCUUCAGAAUUGUCAUUUUGGGUUCCAGACCUUUCUAAGCUAGGAGCUUACGUUGGGCGAAAGUAAUCAUUAUCCACAUAACUAACUUAUGAUGCGGUAUAGAGGUCUGCUGUUCUUAGUGAUCAUUAUUUGGGCUGUUGGGAUGCUUCUCAGCAAGGGAAAAGUGAGAGAAAUGGGAAGCGCUGGCGUGAAAGGAAAAGGAACCGACCUCUUUGUUCGGAUGAAGUCAGUAGAGAAGACAGAGACGAUGUGAGAUGGAAAGAUUACAGGAGAGUUAUAGAGCUGAAGCAUCAGUGCCAUAUCCUCCUCCAGUUUGGUCUAUUGGUUUCACCAUCAAAGCAAUUCACUCAGAAACUCAUUAUCUAGCAAUGGGAAUUUUGCUUCAGAUCCAUGUCUCCCAGUUGAAGCAAUUCCUUGGUGUGGAGAGUUAUAGAGCUGCAGAAAGAAAAUUCUUUUUGCACGAGUCAAAUUCGGUCCUAUCUUUCUGGUAACUUUAUCGAGUCCUUUGUUUUAAAAAGGCUUGUAAAUGCUGUGACUUUGCCUUGUUUCAUGUAAUUUGUAAAUGCAUUAAUGUUAUGACUUUGGGUCCUUGUUUCAUCAUCUUCUUCAGUUAUGUCGGUGGCGUUUGAAAUUUAAGUUUGAUUUUAACUUGACUUUGAUUGUAAUUUUACGGAGUAUUUGGUCAAACUUGCGGGCCAACAUUCAUUUGAGAAUAUUGUAAUUAUGGAGUUGUAAUAAAAUGGAUUGGUGUAAAUAUUUA